AUGGCGUGCGGCCCCGAGGCCCCGCUGGCACCGUCCAGACGGGUGCRGAAGACCUUGUUCUGGCUCGGGCUCCUUGCAUGUCACGUCAUGAGCUUAGGCUACGCAGUGGAGAAAAAAGUGGCCAAAGGCAAAGUGGGGGAAAAAGUUGGCCUGCCCUGUUGUCAUGAAAUACCCAGCACAGAAAGCCUGCGCAAUUACCGGGUCUACUGGCAGAAGAACAUCACGGAGGUGGUGCUUGCUUACGCAGAGGGGGAGAAGAUCUCAAGCAACGAGCGCUUUGACAAUCGGACCCAGCUCAACAACCGCAAUCUCACCCUGUGGAUCUCUCCYGUGGAAAUACUGGACAAUGGCCCCUACCAGUGCAUCGUGCAGCACCUCAAAGUUUUGCAAAACUCAGUUGUACCCAACAUCGUGUGUGAUGAACCUGUGACCCUCUACAUUACAGCUGACUUCAGCGAGCCCAGCGUAACAGCAGAAGUAAUCACCAGCUCCUGUGAAUUCGAUGAGGUCAUGUUAAGAUGUUCCUCUCAUGGAGGAUUCCCCAAGCCCCAAAUCUCUGGAGUCCUCAACAACAGGGCUGUGGCGUGGAAUGCCACCUGGGUGUCUGAGUCCAGCAACAGCCCAUACAACGUCACCGGCAACAUGCAGCUCAACUUGACUGAGGACACCAACCUCACUUGCUCUGUGGAAUACAACGGCUUUGCCAAGUCUACUAGCUUGCUUCUGAAAAAAAGAAAAGACUGUGUUCUUCCUGCUGUAGCUCCGUCUUAUAAUGUUGUUAUUGCUUCAAGCAUCAUCAUCAUCAUCUUCCUUUUGGCUGUCACCUUAGCAGCAAGAUUCCUCCCGAGGCACAUCUGUUUUCAAUGUUGUAUGCCUCAAAAUUCASAGCAAGAUGUGAAAGAAAGCAUGAAGACAGUUGAAUUCUCUAAAGUGACAUCUGAAACGUCGUCUGUAUGACCAGACCAUACUUGCAGGUUUCCUAUCCUGUAUAUCCUACACUGCGGUCCCCCUGCUCUCUACGGCAACGCUUACUGCAGUGACCCUUCGGCUCUCUGGAAGGGGAUGAGAGCGGGCAGAGA